CUUGAAGCCGUCCACUAUCACCUUGAGACGACCAAGCCGGCCUUGCUCUUUCUUACAGAGACUCAGAUAUCUUCUCCGGCGGACACUUCUUUCCUACACUACCCCGGGUACAAGCUCGAACACCGUUUUUUACCACGGGCUGGGGUGUGCGUGUACGUCCGUGAGGAUAUCUGCUCUCGUCGCCUCGACCAUCUUGAAGGCCGGGACCUAUCCGUUUUAUGGCUGCGCGUAGAUAGCGAUGAUCAUCCGCGAGUCUACGCGUGCCUUUAUAGGUCCCAUGGCGGAAACACCGAUACAGACCAACUCAUGGAGCUAGUCCAAAUGGGCACAGAUUCCGUGUUUGAGCAGAUCCCUUCUGCUGAAGUCGUGGUACUUGGUGAUUUUAAUGCCCAUCAUGCCGAAUGGCUCGGCUCACGUACCACGGAUCACGCGGGGAGGUCUGUUCAUGACUUUGCCUUAGCAUAUGUUCUAACACAGCUGGUUACCUCGCCUACGCGAAUCCCAGAUGUUGUUGAUCAUUUACCUUCCCUGUUGGACCUUCUGCUGACCACGCAUCCGGACAGCUAUUUGGUUUCCGUUGACGCCCCUUUAGGGUCGUCGGAUCACUGCCUGAUCCGGACAACAGUGCCAAUCUCCAGACGUUUUCGGUCACAACCGAUUGGUCUUCGUCGAGUUUGGCACUACAGGUCAGCAGAUUGGGAUAGGAUGCGGUCCUUCUAUGCAUCCUACCCAUGGGGGCAGGUUUGCUUCAAUCUGGACAAUCCCGACGCCGUUGCUGACUCUAUCGCCGAUGUGGUACUCCAGGGGAUGGAACUUUUUAUUCCAUCAACUAUGGUGCCCAGCGGUGGUAGAUCUCGGCCUUGGUUCGGUCGUUCUUGCAAGAUAGCCUUACGCUACAAGCGAGAAUGUUACCGUGCCUGGGCUGAAGCGUUGGCAGCGGGGGACCAUAACUCCAGCGCGCUUAAAAUGAAGUACAACUCUGCCUCCAGGUCCUUCAAAAGAGUAAUUGCAAAGGCAAAGUCCGAACACGUGGCCAGCAUUGGCGAGAAGCUAGUGCGCCUUCCUUCCGGAACUCGCGCGUUCUGGUCUCUCGCCAAGGCUGUCCAAGGAAAUUUCUGUCGCCCAUCACUACCAUCUUUGCGCAGGGAGGACGACUCGUUGGCCCAUACUGCUAAAGAGAAAGCCGAUCUUCUGGUAUCCCUCUUUGCAUCUAACUCGACACUGGAUGACACAGGUUACUCACCGCCGAAAAUCCCUGGUGGUGACACCUUUAUGUCGGAGAUCCAGUUCAUCCAGAGAUCAGUGCGUAAGGUGCUGCUAUCUCUGGAUGUCAACAAGUCGAGUGGGCCCGACGGUAUUCCUCCU